AUGGAUCUCCAGGAGUCGAUCACCAAUCAGACGGACGUUUCUUUCAUGCUUGUUAAGCACAUUUUCUCAAAAGAGGUUAAUGGCGAUACCAAUCUGGUGCUCUCUCCUCUCUCAAUUCAAAUAGCACUUGGCCUCAUUGCUGCUGGCUCUAAUGGACCAACUCAAGAUCAGCUGCUCUGUUUUCUCAAGUCAAAAUCAAUUAAUGAACUCAACUCUCUUUAUUCUUAUCUUGUCGACACCGUCUUUGUUGAUGGAAGCCCCAAUGGAGGUCCGUGUUUGUCCAUUGCUAAUGGUGUUUGGAUCGACCAAUCACUUCCUUUCAAGCAUUCUUUCAAACAUGUUGUGGAUAAUGUUUACAAGGCCGCUUCCGAGUAUGUUGAUUUUCAGAACAAGCCUGCUGAGGCUGCCAAUCAAGUGAAUCAGUGGGCUAAAAUGAAGACAAAUGAUCUCAUCAAAGAGAUUCUUCCUCCAGACGCGGUGGAUGAAAUGACGAGGCUCAUCUUUGCCAAUGCACUAUAUUUUAAGGGAGAAUGGAAUGAGAAGUUCUAUGCUUUCGAAACAAAAGACCAUGAAUUCCAUCUCCUCAAUGAAGGGACUGUUCGAGCACCCUUCAUGACUAGCCAGAAGGAGCAGUACAUAACAGCCUUUGAUGGCUUUAAAAUGUUGAGACUUCCUUAUAAACAGGGCACUGACACUCGUCGCUUCUGCAUGUAUUUCAUUCUGCCUGAUGCCCGUGAUGGAUUACCAGCUUUACUGGACAAAAUCAGUUCAGAACCUGGAUUUUUAAACCGGCAUUUUCCAUAUGAAAAAGUUAAAGCACGCAAAUUUCUCAUCCCUAAAUUCAAAAUAACUUUCGGGUUUGAAGCUACUAAAGUUCUAUGGGGGCUUGGCCUCAAGUCACCUUUCUAUCCGGGUGGUCUCACUGAAAUGGUUGAUUCCCAUAUAUCUAAGAAACUGUUUGUUUCAGAUGUUUAUCAUAAGUCCUUCAUUGAGGUAAAUGAGGAAGGAACUGAAGCUGCAGCUGUUACCGCUGUCAUAGUAAUGUUGCAGCAGUCUCAAUGCGUGAGCAUUGAGAAGGAAAUUGACUUUGUCGCAGACCAUCCAUUCUUGUUCCUUGUAAGAGAUGAAUCUACUGGUGUAAUGUUGUUCCUAGGGAGCGUGAUGAAUCCUCUUGCUGGUUAG